AUGGAACUUCAAGAUGAUACUCCAGUACUUGGCCUUCAUUUCCAUGUAGUAGGUGAAGGUGUGGUUAGAGUAGGUUCUGGUAGACAUGAGAGGCUUUUUGAUAAGGAGAAUUAUAUUGAUUUUCGAAUGCGUCUCUUAGGAGAACCAGGUCAUAGCACUUCAGUGUUGUCUCCUGGGAUUCAUAGUUUUCCAUUUAAACUGGGUUUGCCUAUGGGGCUGCCGUCCACAUUCCUCGGCACACAUGGAUGGGUGCAGUAUUAUUGUAAAGCAGCCCUGCGGGAACCUAAUGGCUUGACUCACAAAAACCAACAAGUAUUUAUAGUGAUGAAUCCCAUUGACUUGAAUUUGGAACCUCCAGUUCUUGCUCAAGAGUUCGAGCUGAGCGUGGAGCACAAGCUGGGCGUGGGCUGCGUGGGCGGCGGCGCGGUGAGCUGCCGCGUGGCGCUGGACCGCGGCGCGUACGUGCCCGGCCAGAGCAUCGCGCUCUCCGCGCACGUCGACAACCGCUCGCGCACCGCCAUACGCGCCACGCGCGCCGCCCUCACUGAGACGAUCCAGUACAGCGCGCACGGCAAGGUGGCGGCGCGCGAGUCGCGCGAGCUGGCGCGGCUGGCGCGCGGCAAGCUGCGCGCGGGCGGCGAGCAGACGUGGCGCGCCGAGCUGCUGUACGUGCCGCCGCUGCCGCCCACCAACCUGCGCGGCUGCCACCUCAUCUCCGUGCAGUACGAUGUUUUUUUCAUAAUCGAACCGAAGAGUCUAGAGAAGGAAGUGAAACUCCAGCUGCCGAUCCUCCUCGGCACGUACCCGUUCCGCGACGAUGAGGAGCCGCACCCGCCCACCCACUACCCCACCACGCUGCCCGUGUUCCGCCCAUGGCUGCACGAUAAGCAG